AUGACCCAAGGUUUAGCUAGAAAAUUAUCGAGAACAAAACCUCAUAGAGAGGCCUUGUUGAAAAAUUUAUCCACCCAAUUAUUUCAGCAUGGCUCCAUAGUCACAACGGAAGCUAAAUCUAAAGAAUUAUCAUCAUUUGCUGAACGCAUUCUAACUUUUGCCAAAAAGAGAAACCUUGCCUUGGAAAAAAAAAAUGAUUUGGGUUACAAAUAUUAUACUGCUCAAUUACAAAAAAGACUAUUUCUAAGCGGAGAUAAUGCCCAUCUAUUAAAGAAACUGGAUUGUUUGGCCAAUACUGUCUAUAUGGAUAGACCAGGUGGUUAUACUAGAAUCAUUAGAUUGGAGCCUAGAUUAGGUGAUAGAUCUCCACAAAGCUUGUGUGAAUUGGUGGAUUUGCCUAUUUUCAACAAAUUAAAAAAUGGUAAAGAAGAAGUUGUUAGAGGUAAUAUGAAAUUGUGGAUAUUGGUUAAAACUAUUAUCCAACAGGAAGAAGAAGGAAAUAUCAAAGAGUUGACUUUGAACAAUUUAAAUAAGUACUUGAAAAAUAAAUCACCAGAUCAAAUAGAUUAUUUUUUCAAUGUCGAUAUUCUAAAAAUGAAACAAUUAUUAAGGAGUGACAAUAAACUAGACCCCGUUGAUGAGCAAAUAGACAAGACUAAAAUCCAAGAAUUAAGGAACAAUCUAUUAAAUUAUCAGACCCAAUUAAAAACUGUUGCCAAUAACAAAAAUAAUGCCACUAGAGGUUAUGUUUAUGUUGAAUCAAGACCAAAAACUAUAUAA